AUGGACGACAGGUGCUACCCAGUGAUCUUCCCAGAUGAGAGAAAUUUCCGCCCCUUCACUCCUGACUCUCUGGCUGCAAUAGAGAAACGGAUCGCCAUCCAAAAGGAGAAAAAGAAGUCCAAAGAUAAGACAGUAUCUGAACCCCAGCCUCGACCUCAGCUUGACCUAAAGUCUUCCAGGAAGUUGCCCAAGCUCUAUGGCAACAUUCCCCGUGAGCUGAUAGCAAAGCCCCUAGAAGACUUGGACCCAUUCUACAGAAAUCACAAGACAUUUAUGGUGCUGAACAAGAAGAGGACAAUAUACCGCUUCAGUGCCAAGCAUGCCUUGUUCAUUUUCGGGCCUUUCAAUCCAAUCAGAAGUUUGGCCAUUAGACUCUCUGUCCAUUCGUUGUUCAGUGUGUUCAUCAUCUCCACUGUUGUCGUCAACUGUGUGUUCAUGAUUCGUGCCAAGGACAGCAAAAGUCUAGAGCCUGACAUUGCAGAAUAUAUCUUCACUGGGAUUUAUAUUUUGGAAGCUAUGGUAAAAAUAUUGGCAAGAGGUUUUAUCCUGGAUGAGUUUUCUUUCCUUCGAGAUCCCUGGAACUGGCUGGACUCCAUUGUCAUUGGAACAGCGGUUGCAGCUUAUUUUCCAUUUGCCAAAAUCAAUCUGCUGUCUCUGCGUACCUUCCGAGUGUUCAGAGCUUUGAAAGCAAUUUCGGUAGUUUCAGGCCUGAAGGUCAUUGUGGGUGCCUUACUGCGCUCUGUGAAGAAGUUGGUCGAUGUGAUGAUCCUCACCCUCUUUUGCCUCAGCAUCUUUGCCCUGGUAGGUCAGCAGCUCUUCAUGGGAAAUCUGAACCAGAAAUGUAUCAAGAAGACCUGUACCUUUAACUCUAAAAUUAACGAAUCUUGUUUUGAAAAAGAAAACAAUUCCAAAGAACCCAUAAUGUGUGGGACCUGGUUUGGCAGCAGGCCCUGUCCCAAUAAUUCUACAUGUGACCACACCAAAAUGAAUCCUGACUAUGGUUAUACGAAUUUUGACAACUUUGGCUGGUCUUUUCUUGCCAUGUUCCGACUUAUGACCCAAGAUUCCUGGGAAAAACUUUAUCGACAGACCCUGCGUACCUCUGGGCUCUACUCUGUCUUCUUCUUUGUGGUGGUCAUCUUCCUUGGAUCUUUCUACUUGAUGAACUUGACCUUGGCUGUUGUCACCAUGGCUUACGAGGAGCAGAACAGGAAUGUAGCAGCAGAGACAGAGGCCAAGGAAAAGAUGUUUCAGGAAGCCCAACAGCUGUUAAAGGAGGAGAAAGAGGCCCUGGUUGCUAUGGGAAUUGACAGAAGUUCACUUAAUUCCCUUCAAGCAUCAUCUUUUUCCCCAAAGAAGAGAAAAUUCUUUGGUAAUAAGAAAAGGAGGUCCUUCUUUUUGGGAGAGUCUGGAAAAGACCAAUCUCCAGGAUCAGAUUCUGAUGAUGAUUGCUCAAAAAAGUCACAACUUCUGCAGCAAACUAAGCGACUGUCCCAGACUUUGCCAGUGGACCUCUUUGAUGAGCACAUAGACCCUUUCCAAAGGCAGAGGGCGCUGAGUGCCGUUAGCAUCCUCACCAUCACCAUGCAGGAAAAGGAAAAAUCACAGGAGCCUUGUCUCCCGUGUGGGGAAAACCUGGCAUCAAAAUACCUUGUGUGGGACUGUAGCCCCCAGUGGCUAUGCAUUAAGAAGGCCCUGAGAACCAUGAUGACCGACCCCUUUACUGAACUGGCCAUCACCAUUUGCAUCAUAACCAAUACUGUCUUCUUGGCCAUGGAGCAUCACCAUAUGAACGAGGAUCUUCAGACCAUAUUGAAAACAGGGAAUUGGGUGUUUACUGGCAUUUUUAUAGCAGAAAUGUGCCUAAAAAUCAUUGCACUUGAUCCCUACCACUAUUUUCGUCAUGGCUGGAACAUUUUUGACAGCAUUGUUGCUCUUCUGAGCUUUGCAGAUGUGAUGAACAGUGUAUCUGAUCAAAGUUGGUCAUUCUUACGUUCCUUUAGAGUGCUGAGGGUCUUCAAGUUAGCCAAAUCCUGGCCAACUUUAAACACACUAAUUAAGAUAAUUGGCCACUCUGUCGGCGCUCUCGGAAACCUGACUGUGGUCCUGGCCAUCGUGAUCUUUAUUUUCUCAGUCGUGGGCAUGCAGCUUUUUGGCACUAAAUUCUGUUCCGUAAAGAGUGCAAACUUCUGCAUUGCUGAAGAGUCCUGUGAACGGCGCUGGCACAUGGGAGAUUUCUACCACUCCUUCCUGGUGGUGUUCCGCAUCCUCUGUGGGGAAUGGAUAGAAAACAUGUGGGAGUGUAUGAAGGAGGCGGAAUCAUCUUUGUGUGUCAUUGUCUUUGUGUUGAUCAUGGUGAUAGGCAAACUUGUGGUGCUGAACCUCUUCAUUGCCUUACUGCUCAAUUCCUUCAGCCAGGAGGAGAAAAAUGGAAACUCAGAAGGAGAAGCCAGGAAAACUAAAGUUCAGUUAGCCAUGCAACGGUUCCACUGGGCUUUUUCUUUUCUGAUACACACUCUUGAGCAUUUCUGUUGCAAGCAGUGCAGGAGGCAAAACUUACCAAAGCAAAAUGAGGUAACAGGAAACUCUACUACAGACAGCAAAGACAUUAUCCCUUUGGUCACAGAGUUGAAAAGGGGAUCAGAGCCCUGGGAGGAACUUGAUGUGGUGACUCCUUCUGCAUGGAGGACUUCAGGCAUUGGGCACAAUCAGACUCAGUUGGCUCCACUUGCAGAGGAAGAGGAUGACACUGAAUAUCCUGAUGAAGACAACACCCUGCCCAUCACACGACCUGAUGCUGACAAACAGGUCAAUGACCUCCAUCAGGAGACCAAGAAGCCCACAAGCCCAAGAGAUCAGGGUGUGGAAAUUGGUGUGCUUUCUGAUGAAGAUGCUUAUUUGACUAUACGAAAUCCUCGAAAGAAAUCUGAUGCUGCCAGUGUGCUAUCAGAAUGCAGCACUAUCGAUCUACAGGAUUCUGAUGGACAUUUACAGCAAAUGGUUCUCCCAAAAAAGCAACCAGAGAGAUGUUUACCCAAAGGCCUCAGUUGCUGCUUCCCAUGCUGUAGCAAAGACAAGAGAAAGUCCACCUGGGUCAUUUGGUGGAAUCUGCGGAAAACCUGCUACCAAAUAGUGAAGCACAGCUGGUUUGAGAGCUUUAUUAUCUUUGUGAUUCUGCUGAGCAGUGGGGCACUGGUAUUUGAAGAUGUUAAGCUUGUUGAACGACGCCAAAUCCAAGUGUUACUAAAUUGUACUGACAAUAUUUUCACAUUCAUUUUUAUCCUGGAGAUGGGUCUGAAAUGGGUGGCCUUUGGAUUUGGGAAGUAUUUCACCAGUGCCUGGUGUUGGCUCGAUUUCAUCAUUGUGAUUGUGUCUGUAGUCAGUCUCGUUGAUUUAAAGAACUGGAAGUCCUUCCGGACCCUGCGAGCACUGAGGCCUCUGCGAGCACUGUCUCAAUUUGAAGGAAUGAAGGUGGUGGUCAAUGCUCUCAUAGGUGCCAUACCUGCCAUUCUGAAUGUUUUGCUAGUAUGCCUCAUUUUCUGGCUCAUAUUUUGUAUCCUGGGAGUAAACUUCUUUUCUGGGAAGUUUGGAAGAUGCAUUAGUGGAACAGAUAUGAAUGAAUAUAUAAAUUAUACCAAGAUUCCAAACCGAAACCAAUGUGAGAUUGGCAAUUACUCCUGGGUGACCCCAAAUGUCAACUUUGACAAUGUGGGGAUGGCUUACCUCGCUCUGCUGCAAGUGGCAACAUAUAAGGGUUGGCUGGACAUUAUGAAUGCAGCAGUUGAUUCCAGAGGGAAAGAAGAACAGCCAGCGUUUGAGGCGAAUCAAUACGCAUACAUUUACUUCGUAGUUUUUAUCAUCUUUGGCUCGUUCUUCACUCUGAAUCUCUUUAUUGGUGUUAUUAUUGACAACUUCAACCAACAGCAGAAAAAGAUAAGUGGCCAAGACAUUUUUAUGACAGAAGAACAGAAGAAAUACUACAAUGCAAUGAAAAAAUUAGGAACCAAAAAACCUCAAAAACCAAUCCCAAGGCCUCUGAACAAAUGUCAAGGUUUUGUGUUUGAUCUGGUCAUGAACCAGGUUUUUGACGUCAUCAUCAUGAGUCUUAUUCUCUUAAACAUGAUUAUCAUGAUGGCUGAAUCAGAUCACCAACCCAAAAACGUGAACUCGAUCCUCGAUAAUCUCAACAUAGCCUUUGUGGUCAUCUUUACAGUAGAGUGUCUCAUCAAAAUCUUUGCUUUGAGGCAAUACUACUUCACCAAUGGCUGGAAUUUAUUUGAUUGUGUGGUUGUGGUUCUUUCUAUUAUUAGCACAAUGGUUUCUGCCUUGGAACACAGUGAAAUUCCUUUCCCGCCAACACUCUUCAGAAUUGUCCGCUUGGCUCGGAUUGGCCGAAUCUUGAGGCUUGUUCGGGCAGCACGAGGAAUUAGGACUCUCCUUUUUGCUCUGAUGAUGUCCCUUCCUUCUCUAUUCAACAUCGGCCUUCUACUCUUUCUGGUUAUGUUUAUUUAUGCCAUUUUUGGUAUGAACUGGUUUUCCAAAGUGGAGAAAAAGUUUGGGAUUGAUGAUAUAUUCAACUUCGAAACUUUUGCUGGCAGUAUGCUCUGUCUCUUCCAGAUAACCACAUCUGCAGGCUGGGAUUCCCUCCUCAGCCCCAUGCUAGAAUCAAAGGACUCACACAGCUCCUCGGACAACCGUCACCUGUCUACCAUCGCCAUAGCCUACUUCGUCAGUUACAUCAUCAUCUCCUUUCUCAUUGUUGUCAACAUGUACAUUGCUGUCAUUUUAGAGAACUUCAAUACAGCCACUGAAGAAAGUGAGGAACCCUUGGGUGAAGAUGACUUUGAAAUAUUCUAUGAGAUCUGGGAAAAGUUUGACCCUGAAGCAACACAGUUUAUUGAAUAUUCUGCCCUUUCUGACUUUGCUGAUGCCUUGCCUGAGCCUUUGCGUGUGGCCAAACCAAAUAAAUUCCAGUUUCUAUUAAUGGACUUGCCCAUGGUGAGUGGAGAUCGCCUCCACUGCAUGGAUAUUCUCUUCGCCUUCACCACUAGGGUCCUGGGUGACUCUGAUGGCCUGGAUACCAUGAAGGCCAUGAUGGAGGAGAAGUUCAUGGAAGCCAACCCUUUCAAGAGGCUCUACGAACCCAUCGUCACCACCACCAAGAGAAAGGAAGAAGAAAGAGGUGCUGCUGUUAUCCAAAAGGCCUUUCGAAAGUACAUGAUGAAGACGUCCACGUAUGCUCUGGAGGACAAAGCUCCGUCACCACUCCAGACACUUUGCAAUGGAGACUUGUCUAGCCAUGAGGGGGCCAAGGGCAAGGUUCACUGUGACUGA